CCUCCCUUAGAUACUUCCGGUGGCAAAACAAACAGACAAAGUUCGAGAAGAUAAUGUGAAAAUAUACAGUAUUUCAGGGACAGACUUCACUGUGAGAUUGCACAGAUCUUUGAUCUUACUCUUCCAUGAUGGAAGCUUUCCUGAGGAAUCAGAUCCUCAAUGUGUGUCGUGUGCGACACCAUCAACGCCUUCGUGAUGCUCAUUUGCCGGUCAGACGAAGAGAGCCUCGAUAUGAUCGCCUUGGAGUGGAAGGGGAGAUAAUAAGUUUCAUGCCCAAUGACGGCAACAAAGUUGGUUUGUACAUCGCAGCCUGUCCAAUCUCACCUGAAGACAACUACUUUGAGAUAGAAAUCAUUGAUACAGGCUUGUUUGGAAACAUAGGUGUGGGACUGGUGCCGUGUCGCUACACUCUGGAUGCUCAGCCUGGCUGGAAGCCAUUCUCAGUGGGCUAUCAUGCUGAUGAUGGCAAACUAUACAAGGCAUGUGGCUUUGGGAAGGCGUUUGGCCCAAAGUGCCACGUAGGCGACCGCAUCAGCGGCUGUGGCAUCAAGUACAGCAUCAGCGACAUUGAGUCUGGGAGUCCACUCACAGCCAAGGUGUUCUUCACACGUAAUGGGAAGGAGCUGGGCACGGUGGCAGUGCCCUUACCUCCAGGGGGUUUAUACCCGGCAGUAGGGCUGCACUCGGAGGGUGAGGAGGUGAAGUUGACGCUUGACUCUGAAUGGACAUCGGAGGAGUGUAUGCUGAUGGCAGUGGACAGCGGGGAAGAGGAAUGGACACGCCUACACGACAUUAAGUUGAACGGCACGAUCCUGGAGUAUGGUGGUCGGGGGAAGUGCAUCAACGAUGUUGGGCUGGCCCAGGCGAGAUGUCCACUUGACACGACCUUCCACUACUUUGAGCUGGAGAUCGUAGACCCAGGGGAGAACUGCUACAUUGCUAUCGGGGUGGCCAGGAGGAACUAUCCACGUCAUCGACAUCCAGGCUGGAACCGUGGGUCUAUAGCAUACCAUGCAGAUGAUGGGAAAAUCUUUGUUGGAUCUGGAAUUGGAGAUCCUUUUGGCCCAAGAUGCCACAAAGGUGACAUCAUGGGAUGUGGAAUCUACUUCCCCAAUGACUACGACAGCGAGGCAGACAGUGAUCUAUCACCAGAAGAUCCAGAAGACGACAUUUCACUUGAGAAUGAUGAGUUGUCUUCAGACUCGGAGGAGGAGGAGGAGGAGGAGGGCUGGGCCCGCCACCCAGAGGACGUAGGAACUAAAGUUCAGGUAUUCUUCACAAGGAAUGGCAAGAUGGUUGGGAAGAGACAGGUGGCAAUACCACGAAGGGGAUUCUACCCAACAAUAGGAAUGCUGAGUAGCUGUGAGAAAGUGCGAGUUGACCUUCGACCCCUCACUGGUUGACCUUCACCUACAUUAGAUGUACAGAGAAUGCAAGAUAUGAUGGUUGUUUGGAAGCCAAAUUUGUGAAAAAAAUCCGGUUUUCCCGAGGCUUAUCUUUGGUUGACCAACAUGUUCAUCACAUAGACAUAAAGGGCACGAGAGAAAGUAGUUUGCAGGGGUGAUUCAUAUCAGUGUGAGUGUCUUUCUGGUGACAUCAGUCAAACCUAGAUCUGGUCAGUACAAAGCUGAUGUAGUUAUUAUACUUACGAUUGUGUGAUUGUGCCUGCUGCUGCACUGGUAGCUACACUGAUAGUGCCUACUGCUGCACAGGUAGUUAUACUGAUAGUGCCUGCUGCUACACUGGUAGCUCCACUGAUAGUGUCUGCUGCUACACCGGUAGCUACACUGAUAGUGCCUGCUGCUGCACAGGUAGUUAUACUGAUAGUGCCUGCUGCUACACUGGUAGCUCCACUGAUAGUGUCUGCUGCUACACUGGUAGCUCCACAGAUAGUGUCUGCUGCUACACUGGUAGCUAUACUGAUAGUGUCUGCUGCUACACCGGUAGCUCCACUGAUAGUGUCUGCUGCUACACCGGUAGCUCCACUGAUAGUGUCUGCUGCUACACUGGUAUCUACACUGAU